AUGGCAGCUAUUACCUCUUGGAUUACGGAUAGUGGAUGCAAGGAUCAUGCUUCUCUUGUCUCCAUAGCAAAGUUGGCAGAACAGGCCGAGCGAUAUGAGGAUAUGGCUGUCGCCAUGAAGACCAUUGCCGAGAUGGGCAAUGAGCUUAACAACGAGGAGCGUAACUUGUUAUCCGUUGCGUACAAAAAUGUAGUCGGGGCUCGUCGUUCAUCGUGGAGAAUAAUGUCUAGUAUCGCUAAGAAGCAGGCUGGCACUCCGCUUGCUGAUCAGACGGACAUUUACCUUAAGAAGGUGGAGGAAGAAUUGACCAAAAUCUGCAACGAUGUUCUGGCUCUCCUCUCGAAGAAUCUAAUCACGGAGAAAAUCGGUGCUGAAGCAAAGAUUUUCUACUACAAGAUGAUGGGUGAUUACUAUCGCUACUUGGCGGAAGUUCAGGAGGGUGAACAGAAUGACAAGUCAACAGAGGCUGCUGAGGAGGCGUAUCAAAAGGCUACGUCACUUGCUGAGGCGGAGCUCUCAGUCACUCAUCCAAUUCGACUUGGGCUGGCGCUCAACUUCUCCGUCUUCUACUAUGAGAUUAAAAAUAUGCCCGAGAAAGCCUGUUCACUAGCCAAAGCAGCUUUCGAUGCUGCCAUUACAGAGGUGGACUCGAUCAAAGACGAGACGUACAAGGACAGUACUCUCAUCAUGCAGCUACUGCGUGAUAAUCUGACGCUCUGGAACUCCGAAUGUGAGACCGACUCCUAA